ACCAGACAGUCCUGAAUGUGCAUUGCUACCCACACUGUCUCUGCCUCUCCGGUUGUCUCUCAUCACCUCUGCAAGCUGCUGCCACUGCAUUUUGUGCUGCUCCUCUGAAGAAGACUAUCUUGAAUAAGGCACAGUUUGACUCUUACUGUAUAUCCAUAGAGUAAAGUGUUUUAGCUUUUACAAAAGCAUCAUUGUUUCUUUGGGUGUUAAAAAAAGAUGGCUCUUCAAAUGCUUCUCCUGACAGUAAUGUCAAUGUCGGUUCUGGCUUGGAACUUCCAAGCGAAGGCAACCUACCAUCCUCGCCAGACAGUCCACCACGAACACUCUGCUAACAUGGAAAACCUCCUGCCCGAAAACCUCCUGCUCGAAGUCGUGCCCAAAAUCUUGCCUGAGGUCUUGCUUGAGGUCUCCCAUCCUGUCAACCUCAGCCGCACUUUCUAUGGGAUCAUGUUCGAUGCUGGGAGCACAGGCACCCGGAUCCACAUCUAUACAUUUAUCCAGAAAGACCCAGUUGAGCUGCCAGUUCUGGACAAUGAGAUGUAUCAUGCGGUGAAGCCUGGUCUGUCUGCCUAUAAAGAUAAGCCUGAAGAGGGUGGGAACACGAUCAGAGCGCUGCUGAAGGUGGCCAAGAAGACGGUGCCAGAGGACGAGUGGAAGCAGACCCCGGUGGUCCUGAAAGCCACGGCCGGGCUCCGCCUCCUGCCCAAGGAGAAGGCUAAUGCUCUGCUGGAUGAGGUUCGGGAAGUCUUUGACGAGUCCCCCUUCUUUGUACCGAACAACAGUGUCUCCAUAAUGAAUGGAACAAAUGAAGGAGUCCUGGCCUGGGUAACAGUGAACUUUUUGACAGGUCACUUGUAUGCCAAGACCAGGAAAACAGUGGGGAUCCUGGACUUGGGUGGAGGAUCUACCCAGAUCACUUUCCUUCCAAAAUCAAAGAAAACAGUUUUCACUGCCCCAGCCAGUUACAUUGCCAACAUCAACAUGUUCAACCACACUCUACAACUCUAUACUCACAGCUACCUUGGAAAUGGACUUGUAGCGGCUCGAUUGGCAACUCUUGGUGCUUUGGGGGCUGAUGGUCUGGAUUGGAAAGUUUUCACAAGUUCCUGUCUACCCAAGAAGUUCAGAGAGGACUGGACUUUUGGUGGAAUCACCUACAAAGUUAGCGGAAUUCCUGACGGCUAUGCAGGUUACAAGCUGUGUUACUAUGAGGUGAUGAGGGUGGUGAAAGGCAUCGUGCACCAGCCGUUUGAGGUGAAGGGCAGCAGCAUCUUCUAUGCCUUCUCCUACUACUUCGACAGAGCUGUGGAGUCAGGCCUCAUCGAUGGCAGUCGCGGUGGCAUGGUAGAAGUCAGGGAUUUCAAGAAGAGAGCCAAAGAAGUGUGCAACAAGAUGACCAAGUACCGUCCCAUCAGUCCCUUCCUCUGCAUGGAUAUGACAUAUAUCACCUGCCUGUUGAAGGAGGGCUUUGGCUUCAAGGACAACACAAUGCUGCAGCUUGCCAAGAAGGUGAACAACGUUGAGACAAGUUGGGCCUUGGGAGCCACAUUCGAUCACUUUAACAACCUCAACAUCCACUAAGGGCAGCUAUCCUAACUGUCUGCAGGCACUGAGAGGGACAGCCUGUUAUUUGGGGCAUCUCCUCCGCCACCGACCCCUGACUAGCCCCUCCCUCCUGCUCAGCAGCACUGCCACGCUCCUCCAGCCUGCCCAUCCCCUCCCUCCCUCAGCAAUCUCCUGCAAAUAAUCCAAGAACUGUUGACAAAGAAAUCACUAUAUUUUUUAUAAGGAAGGACAGCUAUUUCUACUGUAUGUUUAACCCAUAAUUAGUGAGUUGACUUUAUUUUUGCAAAGCAAGCGUUUACAUUUUCGCUUCCUUAGGGCUGUCUGACCUGAAAUGCAGUCUUAUUUGGCUACCUUUGAGUGUGUGAGUGAGUAUUUAAAAGCAAUGCGACUAGUAAGGUAUUGAGAGAACUUUGGUCAUGGAGUGCACUGUAAAGUACAGUGGAAUAUUUGAAAAAAUGGGUUGCAGGAAUGACAGUGAGGAUCCUGGACUUGGGUGGAGAAUCUACCCAGAUCACUUUCCUUCCAAAAUCAAUGGUAAAUGUUAAACUGCAACUCAUUCUAUCUGGAAAUGUACAUUAUACUGUAGGACAAGUGGAUAAGACAUUUCCCCUCACAAGGCUUAUAACAAUAAAUGGUUGAAAUGACUUAGCCAAAGCUUCCCCCCUCAUACUUUGCACAGAACACUUUAACUGCAGAUACUGUAUUGGAGAUAUGUUGCUUGGAUGUUUACAGAGUUGUUCAUAUCCAUCCAUGUUAAAGGGAGGUGUCCAAUUUGCAACAACUCAGGAGGCAAGUAAAGCUCAGAGGGGGGAGACGAUAGUGUUCUCACUGAGUAAGUCUUGCAUUUGAUACAUGAAUACUGUACGGUGUUAAUGUUUAAAAGUGCUGCCUUGGUAGAUGUGUGGCCUUGUGUAGGAUGGCCGGUGGUGUUGAAUCAGAGUGAGUGACUUGUGUUUCUGACUGUUGGUGAACUCUGUUAUGUGUGUUGUCUACGGUGUCACACUAAAAGAUCAUUGUUCGAUCAGCCGUGUGCAUGACGACAGGACCCUGUCAGAGGUUUAGCUUGUUGCUGUAUUCAGCAACCAGUCAUAAUGUUAUUAUUAGAGCGUCUAAGCAUGUCAUGUAUAUCAAAGACCUUCAACCCAUUAAUCGUUCAUUUGUAGGAAUAUAGCUCUUGGUUCAAGACACAUAUAAUGCUUAAUACUGUCAUUUUCUUCUUGUGAACUGUACAAAUAUUUAAAAUGCUGUUGCAAUCUGUACAAAAUUCAACUUUGCUGUAUUAUUGCUCCUGGUGCAAUCAUAGCCGCUAUCUGUCCAAUAACUUCUGCUGUAUAUAAAACUACAAAGUAAACCUGUAUUAGUAAAAUACUUACCAGUCUGUAACUGCUUAGACUUUGCAGAUGAAAACGUUCUUUCUGCUGCAUAAUGUUCACUAUGCUUUAAGGUGAACUGUUUGACAGAUCAUGUCAAUAUUUUAUGAAAACCUGGUG